UUCUACUUUAAAAUUAGACAACGUGUGAACAUUUCCCAUUUGAUUUCAUAACGUGACUUUCAAUGUAAUUUUCAAUGUUUAGUAGAGAAACUCUCCAAAAUGUAGUGUAGUUCAGCGUACCCCUCAGGGCCCUGGCAGCUAAAGAAGUAAGAAGUUUGCCAAGGGAACAGUAAUAACCACAAACAUGUCAUUUCCACCUUGGGUAUACCAUGGCAGUUUACUGGGAACUAUCGCCUUGGGAUCCAUUUUGUUCAAGGAGUACAGGUCUGGCCCAAUCUACAAAGGGGAGGAACUGUUGAUGGGGAAAACCGCCAUUGUAACUGGGGCAAACUCCGGACUUGGAAAGGAAACAGCCAGAGACUUUGCACACAGAGGAGCCCGGGUUAUCAUGGCGUGCAGGGAUUUAGAGAAAUGUGCUGCUGCUCAGAAAGAGAUAGUGGACGAGACCCACAAUCACAAGGUCCUCUGCAAGAAGCUGGACCUGGCAAGCUUUAAAUCCAUCAAGGAGUUCACAGCUGAUGUACAGAAAGAGGUCAAGUUUUUAGACAUCUUGGUGAACAAUGCAGGUGUGAUGCAUUGUCCCUAUCAGGUGACAGAGGAUGGAUUUGAAAACCAGUUUCAAGUGAACUAUCUUGGUCCGGUUUUACUGACCAUGUCCCUUCUGGAUCUGAUGAUUAAGUCCGCCCCGAGUCGAAUCAUCAAUGUGACCAGUGUAGUCCAUGCUGCGGGACAAAUCAACUUCAGCGACCUGAAUGCAGAGAAAGGUUAUCACAUGACUCUCGCCUACAACCAGAGCAAGUUGGCCAUCUUGAUGUUUACAAAGGAGCUGGCCAAACAUCUACAAGGUACUAAGGUAACCGUCAAUGCUCUUCACCCCGGUAUGACUGACACCGAAAUUAACCGACACCUCCGGUGGAACAGCUUAAGAAUUCUGACUUUCCCCAUGAGGUACUACUUCCUCCGCCAACCGUUCCGAGGAGCCCAAACAUCAAUCUACCUUGCUGUUAGUCCAGAAGUGGAAAACAUUUCGGGCAAAUAUUUCAGUGAUUUUGAAGAAAAAGAAGUAAAAUCAGAGCAGUUUUUGGAUGAUGAAGCUUGCAAACAGUUGUGGUUAAAAACUCUACAAAUGGUUAAAUUGAUAUGAAGAUUUUAUUCUAGUAUAUAUGUGUGAAUGUUUACAAAUGUGUAUGAAAAGUUUGACCAAUAAAUUAUGUGGAGUAAGUCU